CGCUGCCUGACAGAGAGGAGAGGAUUGUCGGCGAUCGCGGGGGGGACGGGCGGCCUCAUCCUCCGCCACAUCCGUCCUCCUCAUCCUCAUGGCCUCCCGAGCACCCUGCUAACCCGGAGCACAGGACCCGGAGAUCCCGGGGACACCGGCGACCGGAGGGACUGAGAGGAGCAGCGCCGGGAAGAUGGCGGAGAGGCUGGAAUGGGUCGAGAUCAUAGAGCCGCGGACACGAGAGUGUAUGUACGCCAACCUGAUCACAGGGGAAUGUGUCUGGGAUCCACCGUCCGGCGUCCGGAUAAAACGCACCAACGAGAAUCAAUGGUGGGAACUGUUUGACCCCAAUACAUCUCGAUUCUACUACUACAAUGCAAGCACCCAGAGGACAGUCUGGCACCGGCCACAAAACUGUGAUAUCAUCCCUUUAGCCAAACUACAGACACUGAAGCAGAACACAGAGUCCCCCAGGGCAUCGACCGAAAACAGCCCGGGACGGGGCAGCAACAUCAGCAGAGAAGGGAGCACCAGCUCGUCCCUGGAGCAGGAGCUGGACGGAGGAGACAAGGGUCCUGACCAAGUGAAAACCAAUCGCCACUCAGCUCCAUACUUCGUGGUGAAAGAGGACUCAGACAGGACGUCUUCCCUCAGAUGGAACACAGGCACCAAAGAAAGAAUGCUGAUUAAAGUGACAGACCGAGAGCCCAGCUUUCUGAUGCACCAAGGGAACGGUUAUACUACUGACAAUUCACAAGGUACCCGCACCCGCCGGCCGUCAGGGGGACAGCCAUCGCCCAUCAUGCAGACAUUCUCAGUCGAUACCGACAACUCUGUCUUUUUUUCUGAGCGAAAGCAGUCACCAUAUAUGAAACGAGCAGAUCAUGUCGGCUCUUGUUCCCCAUUACUUGGACGAGGGGAAUCAUUCUGCACCUUACAACACAGGAAGCAUUCCAAUGAGUCUCAGCCAUCAUCUCCUCGCUAUGCCUACGAGCCGCCACUGUACGAAGAGCCUCCCAUGGAGUAUCAGGCUCCCAUCUAUGAUGAACCACCCAUGGAGAUGCAGUAUGAUGCCAGUGGGAACUACAGAGCAAUGUCCCCUCAAAAGUCCCCUGUUCGCAAGCCACAUACCUUUCUUCAAUCUCCAAAACAGGCCUCCAACUCUCCGUACCAACAGCUGGUGUUGACCAAACAGAAAUGCUCGGACAGGUUCAUGAGUCUGGAUUACAGUCCGGCGGGCAAGGAAUAUGUCCGCCAGUUAGUGUAUGUUGAACAGUCUGGUUCCAGCCCCAAGAUGAAAACGGGUUUAAGGCACAAAUACAUGCCUAACACGAUAGGUGGGUCAUACUCAUUGCAACACAAUCCUCCGUACAUGAGGGACCAGCGUCUUGAAGUUAAAUCUGGAGACUACAGUAGUAUGGAAGGUUCAGAUUCACGGCAAGGUCAGCAACAACAUCCGUUCCACUCAGAAGACUCCAUGUCUUGGUCUAGUCAGCAGGACAGCAUGUCCUCUGCCAAUUAUUCUCCCAACACAAGGAAAAGGAAAAGCAGAAAACCUUCUUUGUCUCUUGAACCGAACCCAUCUCCGUCCGAAGGAUCAUCUGAUAGAGAGGGGCACAACGACCAGGGUAUGAUCGAGGAAAGGCCUUCAUCAAUGCCUAACCGCCCACUGAUGAGCCGAACGGAAAGCCGCUCAUCGGAGGCAGACAUGCAUCGGACCUCUACAGAAGCUUUCAUGGCACAAGCCCGGCUUGCCUGGGAGGCCCAGCAGGCGCACUUCCACAUGAAACAGAGAAGCAGUUGGGACUCCCAGAAGGAUGGCUCCGGCUAUGAGAGCGAUGGUGCAGUGCCUUUACCGAUGCCAGGUCCUGUUGUUAGGGCCUUCAGUGAGGAUGAAGCACUCGCGCAGCAAGACAGCAAACACUGGAAGAGAAGCACCUUUGAAAAACUUGGGUUUCCACAAAUACUGUUGGAAAAAAGUGUGUCCGUUCAGACCAAUUUGGCUUCUCCAGAGCCGUAUUUACACCCUUCUCAGUCUGAAGACCUCGGUGCCUGCGCUCAGUUUGAAAACAGUCGAAACAACAGGAACAUGAUGCCCAGUUCCAGCUGUGUCUUUCCAACCUUCACCUUGAGGAAGCCUUCUUCUGAGACCGACAUUGAGAACUGGGCCUCCAAGCAUUUCAACAAGCACACGCAGGGCCUUUUCCGGAGGAAGGUGUCCAUUGCCAACAUGUUGGCCUGGAGUAGCGAGUCCAUCAAGAAGCCCAUGAUAAUGACCAACGACCGCAAUGUGAAGAAGGAGGCCUGCGACAUAUUCAAGCUCAUUCAGAUGUACAUGGGAGACCGCCGAUCCAAGACCGACCAACUCAGCGUCGCCUUAGAGAUCGCGACCAAAGGGUGGAGCAUGCAAGGUCUGAGGGACGAGCUUUACAUCCAACUGUGCCGGCAGACCACCGAGAACUUCCGCUACGAAAGCCUGGCGCGUGGGUGGGAACUAAUGACCAUUUGUUUGGCUUUUUUCCCACCAACUCCUAAAUUUCAUUCUUACUUGGAGGGAUAUAUUUAUCGACACAUGGACCCUGUGAACGACACGAAAGUGAAUCAUCACAUAAAAGAACUUCUGGAAAGAAAGAAGAGAUCCAAUAUGAGAAAGAAACCAAAACCUUAUAUUGAAGAGCGUGAUGGAGUGGCGAUCAGCACCUAUGCCAAAUACUGUUACAGGAAACUUCAGAAAGCAGCUCUGAUGGGAGCGAAAAAGGGAUUGAAGAAACCAAACAUUGAGGAAAUCCGGCAUGCCCGUAACGCUGUGUUCAGCCCUUCCAUGUUCGGAAGCUCCUUACAGGAGAUCAUGAAUAUGCAGAAAGAGAAAUAUCCAGAAAGGCAGCUGCCUUGGGUACAAACACGGCUCUCCGAGGAAGUCUUGGCACUAAAUGGUGACCAGACUGAGGGCAUUUUCAGGGUACCUGGAGAUAUAGAUGAAGUAAACGCCCUAAAGCUGCAGGUUGAUCAGUGGAAGAUUCCAACCGGCCUAGAAGACCCCCAUGUUCCAGCGUCGUUAUUAAAACUGUGGUACCGGGAGCUGGAGGAGCCUCUGAUUCCUCACGAAUUCUACGAGCAGUGCAUCACUCACUACGAGAACCCAGAGGCGGCCAUUGCAGUUGUGCAUUCACUCCCAAAACUGAACAAGAUGGUGCUGUGCUACCUCAUCCGCUUCCUACAGGUAUUUGUCCAGCCAGCCAAUGUGGCUGUUACAAAAAUGGACGUCAGUAACCUCGCCAUGGUGAUGGCGCCAAACUGUCUGCGCUGCCAGUCGGACGAUCCGCGUAUCAUCUUCGAGAACACCAGGAAAGAAAUGUCCUUCAUCCGGGUCCUGAUCCAGCACCUGGACACAAGCUUCAUGGAGGCCGUUCUAUAGCAGAUUGUGAUGUCCCCCAGGACCCGCGAAUACAGGAAUAUUGUGCGACUGUCUCUGUCUUCUCAUUAUUCCAGCAGAGACCUCCGCUCCCACCACAUUCUCAUCCUGUACAGACAACAUGGAGUGAAUGAGUCAUCUGCUGUGGCAAUAAGGACCCCAUACCCCUCCACCUCGGACCAAAGUGCAGCAUAUGUCCCUGCAAGGCAUGAUGGGAGUGCAGGACACUGACUGCAGGGGUUAACGUGUAUGCAUACAUGUGCCAGAGUUGUGAGGCGUGUUGUUUUGUGACUGUGCUGCAGCACAUAUAAUGUGCUUUCCAUUACCAAGCUUAUAAAAUAAGCCGUAUCCUCUCCCAUGUCAGGCAUAGGUCAGCUCUACCCUCCACGUAGAUCAGUGAGGCUGCCCCCUGGUGGUGGGCUGUGAAUAUGAACAAGAUCAGUGAUGCUGCCCUCUAGUGGUGGGUGCUGGUAUGAACAGAUCAGUGAUGCUGCCCUCUAGUGGUGGGUGCUGGUAUGAACAGAUCAGUGAUGCUGCCCUCUAGUGGUGGGUGCUGGUAUGAACAGAUCAGUGAUGCUGCCCUCUAGUGGUGGGUGCUGGUAUGAUCAGAUCAGUGAUGCUGCCCUCUAAUGGUGGGUGCUGGUAUGAACAGAUCAGUGAUGCUGCCCUCUAGUGGUGGGUGCUGGUAUGAUCAGAUCAGUGAUGCUGCCCUCUAGUGGUGGGUGCUGGUAUGAUCAGAUCAGUGAUGCUGCCCUCUAGUGGUGGGUGCUGGUAUGAACAGAUCAGUGAUGCUGCCCUUUAGUGGUGGGUGCUGGUAUGAACAGAUCAGUGAUGCUGCCCUCUAGUGGUGGGUGCUGGUAUGAACAGAUCAGUGAUGCUGCCCUCUAGUGGUGGGUGCUGGUAUGAACAGAUCAGUGAUGCUGCCCUCUAGUGGUGGGUGCUGGUAUGAUCAGAUCAGUGAUGCUGCCCUCUAGUGGUGGGUGCUGGUAUGAACAGAUCAGUGAUGCUGCCCUCUAGUGGUGGGUGCUGGUAUGAUCAGAUCAGUGAUGCUGCCCUCUAGUGGUGGGUGCUGGUAUGAUCAGAUCAGUGAUGCUGCCCUCUAGUGGUGGGUGCUGGUAUGAACAGAUCAGUGAUGCUGCAAUCUACUGACAAGCUGCAUGUGUGAACAGAUCAGCAUGGCUAUAGAAAGGUAGGCACAGGUCAGUGAUGCUGCCCUCUAGUGGUGGUUAAAGAGAAAUGCAGAGGUGCAACCCUCUCGUGUUGGCUAUAGAAAGGUAUUCACAGGUCAGUAGUGCUGCCCUUUGUCGGUGGCUAAAGAAGGGAUUGCAGAGGUUAGUGCUGCCCUCUAGUGGUGGCUAGAAAAGGGUAUGCUGGAGGGUCAGAAGGGCAGCUGGUGCUGGGACCCAUAUUAAUUACCAGGAGCCAGCAAGAGGAAAUACAUGGAAAAUGGAUGUAAACAAUAUAAUUCUACAUUGGUUAUUAAAUGAAUCACCCUGUGGCCGCGCCAACUGCUGGACGGAAUGGCUGGGGGCGUCUGGCGCUGUCUCCGAUGCACACAUUAUUUUAACGCUGCAGAUGCCCAGUGAGCUGUUCUGCUUUUAAUUGGCUCCAUGACGGCAGAGUGAGCAGUGCCCAUCCCUGGCCGGGUGCUGCCCGGCAGGGAGUAACUGGAGGCAGGUUACCAUGGAUAUGUCGCAUUCUCAUGAGCUCGGGGGCACCCGAUGUAACAUGUACAAAAGCGAUAAUUCCAGCCCACUGUGCACGAGAUCAACCUGACCACAGCGGAAAAUAAAUCCAAGAAAGAAACGAUCCAGCACAGGACAAAAGCGUCACAGCAGAACAGAGUCACAGCACCCUCUGCAGGGCCGCCUACGCGUUUCAAAGGCCUAGUGCGUUCUUAGUCGUGGCCAAGUAGAACCCCACGGCAUCAGAUGAAAUCGAUUUACCAUUACAGCAGGUAAAUUCAGUAUACAAUGUGUCGCCAUUUACACACGGUACCGCAACAGCUGUAAUCAAAUCUAUAAACCACUAAAAACAAAUACAAGUGAGUAUAAAACCAACACACACAAUGCACACCUUCUGUAUCGAGGCCUCCUCUUUCCUCACUGCCGGGGUCCAUACUUACAGUAUAGCGGGUGACGUUAUUAACAAUAUCCGUUACAAAGUGCAGGAAAUACCAUCCCUGGUGCUCACAGUUAUCCGGGCCCCCCAUGAUCAGAGCCGGAAGACCCUGGUGGAAACCGAUUUGGUAGCGGAGGCAGAAGACGAGGUGGUGACCUGUGAACGUACAUUUAAUAUAUCGCCAAUGGCGAUUCGCCAUCACUAAAAAUGGGGAGGAAGUAAGAAGCGUAUUACCAAGAAUAGUAGUCCGACCCUGGUACCUACCUACAGUGGACACAAAGGAAAAGUGUGCUGAAUACUUACCUGUCCUUACAGAUGAUGGUUGGUUGCUCGGAGAUCACAUACCAUAUACAGUGGAUAUACAAAGUCUACACACCCCUGUUAAACUGUCAGGUUUCUGUGAUGUAAAUAAAUGAGACAAAGAUAAAUCAUUUCAGAACUUUUUCCACCGUUAAUGUGACCGAUAAACUGUACAACUCAACUGAAAAACAAACUGAAAUCUUUUAGGUGGAGGGAAGAAAAAUAUAAAAAUAAAAUAAUAUGGUUCCGUAUUUCUAGUGCAGCUGAACAUUUCAUCCAACAGAUGAUUAUAGAAAGCGUACCGCCCGGGGGUGGAGGCUUAAAACGCCAACCUUUAGACAGGGAGGCAUAUUGGAUAUUUCGUAAUUUAAGACGGGAACUUCUGCGUCGUUAUUGGAAGUCCCUUCAUGGCCGGCCGCCAACGUAUGCAAAGUCAGCGACAUAUAUGUAUAAGCAAAUCGUUUCUGUUUUCCUUCACCCAUCUUGUAUACAUUUAAUAUGUGAUAUAUCUUCCCUCAUCAUCUGGCUCGCGAGUGCGUUGAUUUUAUAUUCACUUGUAUUUGUUUUUAGCUGUUGCGGUACAUGACACCUUGUAUGCGGAAUUUACCUGUUGUUGGUACCGCCAGUCUAUAGUGGUUAAUCAAUGCCCCCUGAUGCUGUGGGGCGCCUACUUUACCCUGACUCAGAUUGCACCAGGCGUCCGAAACGCGUAGGUCGUCUCCCGCACUGGAUGCUGUGAUUUUAUGCUUUAACAGAAUAAAGGAGAUUACGGUUUUAUCAAGUGCUGGAUCAUUUCGUUCUUGGUUCUAUGAUGUGACCUGCUCAGAUCCGUUAGAGAGGGGCACAGUCUGAUGUGCGCGUGUUCUAUGCUCAGCCGAAUAAUCUGGUAAUGUCACAGCACCCGCCGCUGGGCGCAGAUUUAUCCGCCUUUUCUGUGCCAGUCUCGAUCUCCUGUUUGCUGGUGUGCGAUGUGCAGGCCUCGUAAUAACUCCGUGCAGCUAUGGGCUGGCGUAGAAUUGAUCUAUAAUUUACAGCAGUUUCUGGGGAAUUUAUGGUAAAUCUGGCGGGCCGUGAAGGCUCCGCCCCCUCCUAAUCCCACCCCUUUUAUUUGCACCAUUUGAAAAGUAGCAAAAAAAAGCAAAAAGUUGCAAAUGAUGGCGCCCCCCUCCCAAUGUGUCUUCUCGUGACUACGCUGGCAGGAUGACAUCAUCGCUUAUGUCACUUACUCGUCCGGCACAAAGCUUUAGAACACUAUUUAUUUAUUGGUUAUUUAACGCCCCCUUGUCUCUCGAGGACGGUGAUAGGACUAAUAACUUCUCGACUCUUGGUCUGGUCGCUGACAACCUAGUGCAAGCCGCGCUGCCUGGAGGCUGUUGUCGCGUUGAUGUAUUAUGUCUGUAUAUAGAGAGUUCUCACUGUAAAUUAUAUUUAUUGGAUGAGGAUCCGUUCUGUACAUUAUCACACGUCUGUGCGCGCCGCCGCCGCGGUGUUCUUAUAGUGCACAUGAUGUGUACAUCCCUCCCAUGAUCCUCUGCAGGUAGAAACGUGUCGGCCUCCACAUCGGGCUGCCAUCGUACGUGCGCUCUCCUUGUGGGCGGCUGCUCUCAAUGUGGCGGUCCACCCAAAGAUAUAUAUGCACUGCCUGGAGCGGACGGGUGCGACAAUCAUCUGUUCUCUUACAUCCGUUAUUCUUUCAGGUUUCUGUGAGGACCUUUAUCAGAAAUAAACCACUGUGUAAUUUCUAGACAGGACUGUGAGUGCAGCGCUGGAUGUAACCGGAGCAUAAGACGCAAUGUAGUUCAGACCCUGAAACCAACAAAUCAAUGAUUGCAGCUCUGGAUGUAACCGGAGCAUGAUGUAGCUCAGACACUGAGCCACCAGAGGGCAGCAAUGAGAUCCUGCAGCUUCAGAGCUGAAUGGAAACCAACAGAGCAAUGACUGCAGCUCUGGAUGUGAUCGGAGUGGAUGAUGUACCUUUUGAUCAGUAAAAGGAUAUUUAGCUUUAUACUGUGAAUCUCCCUUAAACCUGGAGCUUUACCGUCAUAUUUAAAGGGGUGGUUGCACCAAGACAAAAAAACGGUUCGGUGAUUAGGGAUUACAUAGAGAAAUAUGGAAGGGGUGGCACAGUGCCAACUUUCUGCCAUCCCUUGCUGCAGAUCCUGCCAGGUUCUCAGCCGCCAGUCCACAAAGCGCCCCAGUGCCCUGCGAGAGCGACUCCGCGCCAUCGCCCUUCCCAGUCUGUAUCGUAAGAUGAAAUAUCCUGACUCUACCCUCUCCCAUCAUCAUCAUCAUCUAUGUCCAGAGAGAGAAAGGGACCCAGCGCCAUCAUGUGACCCCAAACCAUCUAGAUCAUUGACCGCCAUGAUGUUUUCUGUGGAAAUGAGCGUCAAUCAAGGGACAGAAAACGUAACGCGUCCGACCGGAAUAUUUUUCGUUCUUUCUUCCAUAAUAAUCACGAUCUGUAAUAUAAAUGAUGCAUUGUUACCGUGUACAGAAGAGGCGCGAUUCCUGCAUGAUCCAUACACGAUAUACUGUAUAAUCACCAGACUUGUCACCGUGCGCUGACCCCAUCAUUGAUACAGUGCCCCCCACCCGCUGUUGGAAUCCCGGGGUCCGUGUGUGUGUGCAAAUCCCCUCCCGGUACAUGUACACGCAGCCACGACCCCGCUUCCUGCGUACGACAACCACCAGCUUUACAGCUCUAGAUCGGAGGAGGUUUCCACGGACUUGGUUUCUUUCUGUUCCUUUUCCCGGUAGAGCGACACGACAUUGUACAUGACGCCGGCCAUAGAGCUUUGCUUUGUAGCCUUCUACGUCUUGUUUUUUUCACUGUUUUUACAGAAUCUAUUUAAUUUUUAUUUUUUACAACUGUUUUAUUUAUUAAAAAAAUAAUAAUUACGGAAUAAUUGUUAAAAAAAUAAUUACAAAAAUUGUGUCGAGAUGAGAACAAUCUGAUGCGAGUCAACUCGUUGUAACGACCCCUCCUUGGUAAAGCGAUGGUUCUAACAUUCUUCUUCUUCCUAUUGAGUAGAUGCAGAUGUCACAGUGCGUCCACCGGAAUAAAGA